UUUCUUUGGAUCUGAAGACCAUUCACGACUUGAUUAUAAGUUCGGGAAGGAGAAUCCUCGUAAUCCUCGUUUGAAGGAUUACGUGCUGUCUCCGUCGGGUGUCGCUCGGAUAUCUGAAGUUCGAGCUGAUCCGUGGGAUUCUGCCUCUUCUCCCGAAGCUGUUCCAGUGAAAGUCGUGCUCCCUGAUUUGAGGACAACCUCGGAUCCGGGUCCUGGGACUGACGCUGUGCCGCGUGCCGUUCCUUCGGUUUCAUCUCCGGCUCGGAUAGAUAUCUCUUUAUCUAGGAACCGGGAUCAGCGCAAAAGGAAGAGCAGCACUCUUUUGAGGCCUUCUGCGCAUCCGAAGAAGGCGAAAGCUGAUCAGUCUUCGGAGAAGGAAGUGGUUUCGGAAGUCAUGCCUCCUCCCAAAAACCUCCUUCACUUCAUGCCCUUGCCCGGGCAGAAGUUGAAGAGUGUGGUGGUUGUGGAACCGCCUCCCGUGGACCAACCGCUGGCUGAGGAAGAUACCAUCCCUUCUCCGCUGAAGCCGUCUGCUGCUUUAGGGAUCGAGAUCCAGGAUAUAACCAAGGUGAUGGAGGCAAUUGAAGCCGACCUUGUUCCUGGCUCGGAUGUCCCUAUUGUGGCCGAGCAGAAGGAAGAAGCUGCUGACGUUUCUCUCGAAAGGGAGAAAAGUCCGGAUAAGGAGAUGGUGGAUCUCACCGAAGCUCACGUAGAGGUUCCCGAAGCUGAGAAGGAGGAACCCGAGCAGGGUCUGACGAGGAAGAGGCGUCAUUCGACCUUGGGCUCCACUUCGACCUCGGCCCUGGAUAGACUGAUCCACGCUGACCCUUGCUCGGAUGUUCCGCUGAAACGGAUCCCCGAGGAGGUAAGGGAAGCGAUGGCUCGCUAUGCCAGAGCUCCGGUUUUGGGGGAGAACCCCAUGGCUCACGUGGGAUCUUUGGUGGGUCCCGAAGCUGCACGGGAGAAUCUUCUUCGGGCCAACCCGCAGUGGAGGGUUCCUGGAGCUGAGGAGAGGAACCCAGCUAUGAUGGCCCAAUAUUAUCUGAAUGAGGCUGUUUUCUGGUCCUCGUUCGCUUCCGAGUGUAGCUCGGUUGAGGAAAGGCAGCUGAGGAGGUAUCAGGAGGCUUAUGCUCAUGAUAUCCCUGUCUUGGACCAGAAGGCUGGGCAGCUCAUGGCCGAGAUGGUGGACCUCAAGCAACUGUACCUUCAGUACAGUCGUGAGGCUAGGGAAGCGGCGGAACAGAUCGGGGCCGAAGUUGGGAAGCUCACUUUCCAAGUUGAAGAGGAUGCUGAAAAGAUAGCUUCCUUCGACAGGGAGAGGAGAGAAAUGGCUGCCAAGUUUGCGAGCGAACUUGAAGAAAAAGACAGUCUUCUCAAGGAGAUGACGUCUAAAUUUGAGGCGGCCAUUAAGCAGAGCCAGGAAGCGGAGGCGAGGCUUCAGCAGUUUAUCAAGCACCGGGAGAUUGUUCAGAAUCAAGCUGACAAGGUGCCCGUUCUCCAGCUGAAGAUCCGAGAGAAAGAUGCUGCCAUUCGGAAGUUGGAGCAAGAGAGAGUUGACCUCUACACUGCUGAUCAGUGUAGAGAGCAAUACUGGAAUGGCAUCCUGGGUGCUCGGCGGAUGUUCGCGAAGCAUAUGCCUCAUUUCCCUUGGAAUGAGAAGGUUCCGCUCUGGAUGAGGGGCCAGGAUCACUUGGUGGAGUGUCAGGCCGAUCGAGACGAAGCUGAAGCUGAACGCCAAGCUGCUCUUGCAGAGGCUCGGGCCCAGAAGGCGGCUUCCGAAGGUGAUACUACUGCUGGGGGUUCUUCGAAGGAUGCUCCUCUGGGGGAUGCUCCUGAGACUCCCAAGAGCUAGGGAUUCGGGCAGUCGUCUUCUUCAGAGUCGGUCGGUUCCAGUUGAGGACUUCCGAACAUGUGCUUGCCUUUCCCCCCUUUUGCCUCGGCGCUGCGUUGUACUUAUUUCUUUUUUGUUUUCUUUAGUACUUCGGUAGGCCGGUAUUGUCUGUUGAUGGCUGCCGAUUUUAACUUGUUUCAUUUUGUUUUCAAUUUUUGAGGUUUUUCGAUGUAUUUGUACUUCCCCCAAAUAUUGAAUAAAAAAUGAAUGUUUGUUACUUGGCUGCUUCUUUUCAACUUGUUCUUUCGCAAUUUUUAGGUCUUUAAAUCCGUAGAUUUCUCGAGCUCCUCUUUCUGUAGACUUGCUAAAAACCUUUUGACCUUGCGAGCUCUUUAGAUCCGUAGAUCUGU